AGGGCGCCGCCCGCUCCGCGUUGCCAGGGGGACGGCGGCACCGCGGCGGCCGCCUUGAGCGGCGGCAGGGCCGGCAGCGGCGGGUCCCCGGCCGGCUGAGCGGGCGGCAGCGCGGCGGAGACGCAAAAGAAGAAUGGAGUCAACAAAGGAAUCAUAUGAUCAUGUUCUUUUGAAUAUUCCUGUCACCAGAGAGCAGAUGAAUCAGUAUCGAGCUGCAGCUGAAACUGCUCAAAGUGAACUUGCAGCACUUUCAGUGAAGUAUGAUUGUGCUCAGUCAGAGCUUCUUGAACUCAAGUCCAGAAUGGUCUCCAAAGAAGCCUCUUUUCAAGAGCUGAAGGCGGAAGCUGAAAGCUACAAGGAAAACAAUGCUAGACACAUGUCUCGCCUCCUGUCUUUGCAAACUCGAAUUCAGGAGAUGGAGGAAGAGGCACGUGUGCUCACCACUUCUAAAAAACAGGCUGAGCUGACAGCUCAGGUGGCAUCUAAGGAAAACUGGGAACUGAAGGAGGAGCUUCAUGAGCUAAAUGCCAAACUUAAUAAAAAUUUGAAUGAAUGCAAAGAAAGCACGACUCAAGUUUCUAAAAUCCGCAGAAAGUAUGAAGAGCUCCUUACACAGCUGUCUGGAUUCUUGGACACAGACAUCAGAGAAAAAGAGAAACCACAGGAACAUUUAAUGUCAAAGGUCUCUGAAAUCUGUAAAGAAAAUCUGACACUAAAAGAUCAGGUUGCUGCUCUUCAAGAAGCUAUCAAUACCCAUGAGAUGGAAUCAAGAGCUAAUAGAGAAACUAUCAUGAGGCUUGUUUCAGAGGUGACUAAGGAGCAAAAGAAGGCAGCAGGAUACUAUCAAGACAUGGAAAAACUCAGUAAGGAUCUUGAUAGCGCUAUAAUAGGGAAACGGAGUUUGGAGAUGGAGAUCAGAAGCCUCCAAGAUAAACUGGCUACUAACCAGAAAGAUCUGGAUACCUCAAAGCGGGAACUGCACAAUGUGAAGAAAUCUUUCAGUGAGCUGGAUGGAAGCUUGAAGAGCAGCAGAGAAGAGGCCAGGACUGCUCAGAGCUCUUUAGUGGCUUUUAAAGAGCAAAUUGCUACCCUGCUCAGCGGUGGAUCUGCGUUAGUUAAACCUUCUGAGAAGGCCAUUUUGGAAAGGAUCCAAGAAAUAAAUUGCAAGGAGGAAAGUAAAGAAAUAAUGGUAUCUCAGCUUGAAACCCAAAUAGCUAAAUUGACUGAAGCUUUGGAAAAUCAGACCAGAUUGCACCAAGAAGCUCUGGAGAGAAGCAGGAAAGCUGAAAAAUGUUCUGAGACUUUCCAGGAUCAACUGAAACACUUGGAAGAGGAAUUACUGUCUGUAGAUCUGAUGCAAGAUGGUUUGAAGCUUGAGAAGCAAAAAUAUCUGAAAUUUCUGGAGCAACUUAAUGAGAAGAUGAAGCUGGAUAGCCUGGUAGUAGAAGUUGGAUUUGAUAUGAAUGCAGCUGCAAUUCUAGCCCGCAUAGAGCAGUUAGUGAAACUGGAAGGUGAUGCAGUGAUUGAAAACAAGACUAUGGCAUAUAGCUUAAGAAGGAAGUUGAAGAGUCAAAAAGAAAAACUUGAAAGCAAUGAGCUGCACAUGAACCUUCUGCGGCAGAAAAUAGCCCAUCUGGAAGAGGAGAAGCAAGUAAGGACCGCCUUAGCUGUGGAAAGGGAUGAGGCCAAUCUUGCUGUCAGAAAGUUACAUAAGAUGAUAGAGAGGUUACAAAAGCAGCUUGAUCUGGCAAGGGAGAAGAAUACUGAUCUCAAAGCCAAGCUGUCUGAAACUAGUGAACUUAAGCUGGCAGAUUUCCGAGAGGUGGUCUCACGGAUGCUGGGCCUCAACAUUGCCAGCCUGGCUCUUCCUGACUAUGAAAUCAUCACACGUCUUGAAGGGUUGAUUCAUGCUCAUCAGCACCACUACUUCCCUUGUGUCUGCCUCAAAGACAUGGCAAGGGCCCCAGAGGAACACUCGCAGUGAAACAUACAGCUGCUUCACUGAAACACACGUUUUGUAAGAAGAUAGAACAAAGUGACAUUUUCUUUUGUGCUUCCCUACCUGCUAGGCAUGCAUAGAAAAUAGCUAUUUAUUUGUGUUCCUUACCCUACAGAUACCAAUUUAUGCUGAUUUUUAGUGUUUCAGUAGGGAGCCUGAGCUGAAUAGAUAGAAUAAAGCCAGUAGCCUAGAAAUAGCAAACAGAAAAUCCCUGGGCAGCAUAAUACCUGUUAUGAAAAUGAUAGGUAAUAUGUGAACAAUGUAUAGCCCUCCAGUUUCAUUGCAGACAUUGAAGGCAUGGGCCACCCGAGGUCAGUGCAAAAUUUUGGGAAGCACUUGCUAAUCAGUGUCGGAUUCAGUGACAUCCCUUGUGCUUUACCUCUGGGUGACAGAGGUGAAAUAAAGUGGGGGUUGUCCUGCUACUGUUCCUCUUACUAAAUGGGACCUCUCUGCACUUUGAUGCAUAAAGACUUGUAGCUUCAAGACAGUUAGACAAAGGACUAUCACGAUUUUGAGACAAUGGAUUUUUUUCUUCUGUUGUUUUCCUUAGUCUGCUCUUGUGCCAAAACAAAAAGUCACACUUUUUCAGCAAAGGCUCUUUCACAGGGUCUAGUAAUACGCCUGAUGUAGAUAUAUUUGGUAAAAUUGCAUGUUGCCCCCUGUCAUGAUGCCUUGAAAAUUUUUCUUUCAGCUGCUGUAUUCCUUGGGAAAAUUAAUCCAUACACGAAGUAAGUGGCAGUUCUGAGUUAAUAAGAAGUUAUUUUAAAAUGCUUAUCCACUGCAGAAAAUAGCUGAAUUACUAGUCUCUGUUUUCAGAAAAGCAAUAAUGAGGUGUCCAGAACUACCUCUGAAUCAUAAAGGCUGCUUGUCUAUCAACCUUUCCGAGUGUUGUUAAACUUCAUGUUUUUCUGAAAGAAAUUCGAACAAUAAAUCUGUUUUAAUAGCACACUCAAACAUAAUUCUGUGUUUUCAGUGAUGUACCUAGUUAUAUCUGACCAUUUGUGGACUUUCAACAGUAUCUCAGCAAAUGAUAACCCACUCACUAAAACUGAGCACACUAUUUUAAGAAAAAUGAAACUUUUUCAAGUAAGUGUGGUAAUUUUAGUAUCUGGCUAGGAACUCAAAGCAUUAUAUGCUUUCAUUUUACUUACCUCUGAAGAAUCAUUUUUCAGUGACUUGUUAGUAAAAAACCAAAACACACUCAAGCUUUUGCAAAAUCAGUCAUUUGAGGAGAUAUGGUAAAUCACGUAUUCUUAUGCUCCAGUGGCUACCUGGAUUAAAAUCAAUUUCCCUUCUUGUUUUUUAAUGUAACAUUGUUUUUCAGGUAAAGUUUAAUAAAUGGUAUAAAGGAAAAAGCUAGUAUUGAAUUAUAUAGACUUAAACUUAGGACAACACCAGAAUUUCAAAGUAAAAGAUUGAGUUAUAAAUAUUUUCUGGCAUGGUAAGUUGGUUGGAAUCUAAAGGUUAGAAAUGGACCGUAAUAAUUUUCUAAUUCUUCAUGAGCAAAUACAAGUAGUUUCAGCUUGUGUUUUGCUGCCUCUAUAGGCACUUCUGCUUGAGUUAUUACUAAACAACAAAACCUGUUUCCUUCAUCCACAUUAACUAAUAUUAUACAAAGCAUAUUUUACCACAUUUUGCAAGGUAAAUAAAUUGCAUUACAAAAUUAGGUCCACUUAGGCCAGAUAAUACAUUCAUAACUUUAAGAGUCUCUGAGUGUGCCAGUCUUCAAAUAAGUGUGCAUAUUUGGACAUAUUUUAUGGCUGUGAGGUGAUUUUCUAAUGUCUGCCAGAAGACUUGAAAUCUCCUGCUGUGCUCUGCAGCCCUGUGUCCUGCUGCCCUGUGACCAGCCAUGGCACCAGCAGUGAAGUUCCAGCCCUACAGAAGGCACCAGCAAAGUUCUCUGAAUUACUUCAGAAGAGGCAGGUUUUCACAUGAAGUUGGUAACAAAGCUUGGUGAAUGCCUUGUGAGUUAAGUGAGCAGAAAGCAGAAUAAGGGUGCUCUGAUUCUUUUUUUUUUUUUUUUUUACAUAGUGGAUUUGUAUUUAUUGAAAUAUUAAUGCUAAUGUUCAUCAAGGAAUAUGACCUCUUAGCUGGCUAUCAAUAUUCCCUGUGUUUGCUUUGCUUUUGGAAGAGUACUGAUAUCUUUGUUCAUUUACCCAAAGCAAAUAAUAAUAAUUAAAAAAAAAAUAGCAAGGAGGAAACUUGAUGUGAACAAAGUUCAGGUGAUUUUUGACCUGUGUAAUUUAGUUAACCCCUGAACAAAGUUUAAACUGACUUGCAAUCCUUUUUUAGGGAUAGUUUCACAAAGCAUUGAACCUAGUAUUCCUUUUGGAAAAAAAAGAAAAAAGAAUUUUGAACAGGCUUAUGAAUGUUUUCAAAGUUUAUUUCAAAUGCUUUCUCCUGUUUUACACCCAGAUGCAUUUGACACAUGAUAGGUCUGAUAGGAACCUGAAAGUGUGUAUUAAGGCUGUGUCAGCAGACACCUCUCAGUCGAUUCUUUUUACUAGGUUUGUUUGUAUUAAUAAAGUUAUGGGAUUAAGAGUUUGCUAUCUGUUCAUAAUGACUUUUAUUGUGGUAAAGGAUACUUGAUUUAUCAACAGAAUACCUUUUUUUUUUUUUUUAAAGUAACGUGAAAUCACAGAAUGGUACAGUUUCAGGGCUAGAUUUUUUUCUCAAAAUAAUAGCUGAACCAACUUCAAUGAAGACAACUUCAUUAUUCCAGAGUGACAGUGUUAAAAAAAAGGCAAAACUCAACAAAUUAAAAUAUUGCAAUUGUAGAUAUCGAAGUGAAAUAAUAAUGCCAUAAAACAUUGUAAUGACAAAGUCACAAUUGUGAAUAGAA